CGUUGGCAGCUCACACACACACAAACACACGCACACCGGACCCAACAACGAGUUGUAAACAUGGAGUUUGACAUUUCAUACGACUUUGAGAACUACACUGACAACAGCUCAGAGGAGUCUGGAGAGUGGAGAGAUCAGGAGGAGCCAUGUGGUGUAGCGUUCAGCAGCGACUUCAACAAAAUCUUCCUCCCAACAGUUUAUGGAAUAAUAUUUGUUUUGGGAAUCAUUGGCAAUGGAUUAGUCGUCGUUGUCAUGGGCUAUCAGAAAAAGGUCAAAACGAUGACGGACAAGUACCGGCUCCAUCUCUCCGUGGCUGACCUCCUGUUCGUGCUCACGCUGCCCUUCUGGGCCGUGGAUGCAGCCAGCUCCUGGUACUUUGGCAGUUUCCUGUGUGUGUCGGUGCACGUGAUCUACACGGUGAACCUGUACAGCAGCGUAUUGAUCCUGGCCUUCAUCAGUCUGGACAGAUACUUGGCAGUUGUGCGGGCCACCAACAGCCAAUCCACGAGGAAGCUGCUUGCAAGCAGAGUGAUCUAUGUGGGUGUGUGGCUGCCUGCAGCCGUCCUCACUGUACCUGACCUUGUGUUUGCCAGGGUGCAAGACACCACGCGCUCUUUUCUCUUCUUCGAUGAAAGCAUGGACACCGGAGACUCCAGGAUCAUCUGCCAGCGCAUCUACCCGCAGCAAAACACUGUCAUAUGGACAGCUGUUUUCCGAUUCCAGCACAUCCUGGUGGGCUUCAUCCUGCCAGGUCUUGUCAUCCUCAUCUGCUACUGCAUCAUCAUCGCCAAGCUAUCGCAAGGCUCCAAGGGCCAGGCUCUGAAGAAGAAGGCUCUGAAGACCACAGUCAUCCUCAUCCUUUGUUUUUUCUCCUGCUGGCUGCCCUACUGUGUUGGCAUCUUUUUGGACACUCUGAUGAUGCUGAACGUAGUCCCCAACUCCUGUCAACUGCAACAAGCGGUGGAGAAGUGGAUUUCUAUCACAGAAGCACUGGCUUAUUUUCACUGCUGCCUGAACCCCAUCCUCUACGCUUUCCUGGGAGUUAAGUUCAAGAAAUCGGCCAAGAGUGCACUGACAGCCAGCAGCAGAUCAAGUCAGAAAAUGUCCCUCAUGCAGAAAAAGCGAGGGGCAAUUUCAUCCGUGUCAACUGAGUCCGAGUCCUCAAGUGUUUUGUCAAGUUAACAAACAUUCAAACUCAGAGUCUGUGACUUGAUACCCUCAGGAGAGAAAAAAACUAAGCUUCAGUUUCAAAGAACUUACUACAUUUUGUACAGAUGUAAAAAGAAAAAAAAGAAGUUUUUAUAAUUUUUGAUUUGUUCUGCAAUUGUGUGUUUUGUUGUGUUUUUAUUGCAACUUGUGUAGCCUUUAUGUCCUUCAUGGCAGAUUGCGUCCUCAGGCAGUGCCUCAUUUCCAUUCAUUCAGCUUUACAAUCAAGAUCCAUUCUCCCUCUUUUUUUAAUCCUUACAAUCUGUGCUGCUGUAUCAAAACUCAGGCAUACAAUGCCCUAUUCUGUUUUCAUGGAUGGUAGCUGCUCUUGGAAAAACCUGUAUAUAGUUUGUAGCAUUUGUGUGUUCGCACUUAAGUUGUGUGAUUAUCUGAAAGCUAUUAUUUAUUGCUGUCAUUCACACUGGAUGUUUUGUAGAAAGAAAGACUGCAUGCUGCUUUUUUAAAGAACAUUUUAUAUUUGUUUUUUAUGUAAAAAAUAAAAAUUUCAGUGCUUC